AUGCAUACAUCUACCGCCCUAGUACCGCUGCUGGCACAAGCAGCUUUUGGUGCCGCAACUCGAUUUGUCCCAAGAGCAUACAAUGUAUCGUUCACACCGGACCAGACUCGAUGGCCUAGUGGUCUGCACCUUGCUGUCGACUACUAUCCCUCACAAUGGCCAGAGUACAUGUGGGAGUCAGAUGUCGCUGCCAUGAGGGAUGCGAAUAUCAGCUAUGUUCGUAUCAGCGAAUUUGAUUGGGAAGUCCUGGAGCCAUCUGAGGGCGUCUACAAUUUCACCCUCCUUGAUACCACACUCGAGUUGUUUGGCAAAUAUGGUCUCAAGGCGAUUGUUGGAACGCCCACAGCGGCACCUCCCAAUUGGCUCACGGAGAAAUACGACGUCAACUUUGUGGAUCGCACGAACCAGACUCUCAUCUUCGGAUCUCGCAGACAUUACAGCUUUUCGUCUUUCAACUACAGGAAGUUGAGCCAAGGAAUUACACAAAAGCUGGCUCAGAGAUAUGGCAACAACUCAAACAUCGUGGCCUGGCAAUUGGACAACGAGUUUGGAUGCCACGACACAGUACGCUCCUACGACCACAACGCCAUCACGAGAUUCAGAACUUGGCUGGAGGAGAAGUAUGGGACUAUUGAGAAUAUGAAUGAAGCUCAAGGUCGUGUCUUCUGGAGUUCGCAAUACGUCAGCUUCGACACUGUUCAACCUCCCUUCUUGAACGUCUACAUGCCGAAUCAAGCUCAAUUGCUGGACUGGUAUACCUUCAGCUCUGACAUGGUCAUUGAAUUUGCCAAAGAGCAAACUGCCAUCAUCAGACAACAUGCCCCCUCUCACGCCGUCACAACAAAUUUCAUGGUCAGCUACACGGACUUUGACCAUUUCAAAUUCAAUCGUGAGGUCGGUCUUGACUUGGCAACUUUCGACAACUACCCUCUCGCCGGUGUUUCUGAAGGCGCUGAGUACCUUCGUACUGGUCUUCCUGAUCUUCAAGCUCUGCAACAUGCACUUUACCGCGGUAUCGCUGGCUCUGCAUAUGGCGAGAACAACGGCCCCUUCGGUGUCAUGGAGAUGCAACCUGGAGUGUUGAACUGGAACACUUACCGUGUGUCUCCUUUGGAAGGCAUGGUUCGUCUUUGGACUUUGGAGACAUUUGCCUCCAAGGGUGACUUGGUCAAUUACUUCCGCUGGAGGCAAGUACCCUAUGCUCAAGAGCAAACUCUUUCCGGUCUCUUCGUCUCCGACAACACUCCCGACGAAGGCUUUGGAGAAACUCAGGUUGUGGCAGGCGAGGAUUUGCCCGCUCUUAGAGAAGCGUUGGAGUCCGAAGAGACAUCCGCAGACGUGGCACUCAUCUUCGACUACACAUCCGUGUGGGUCUGGAGUAUCGAACCCUACUCAGGUUCUUACUCCCCGCUAGACGUUGGAUUCGAGAAUGCCGGUCUCGCGUAUCUCGAUUUAGUCUCAACAUUCUACACCUCUCUCCGCCGUCUUGGACUCAAUGUCGACGUCAUUUCUCCCGACCAAGCCAUCAGCGGUUACAAAAUGGUCGUCGUCCCUAGUCUUCCCAUCAUCCCUGAAGCCUUCAACACGGCAUUGUCUUCCUAUAAUGGCACUGUAGUCCUUGGUCCUCACACCGGCUCGCGCACUCCCGAAUUCGCUUACCCGCCGGGCUUGAACCCCUCUGCAGGCACCAUUCGCGAUAAAUUGCCCAUGAAAGUCACGAGAGUGGAAACACCGCCUACAUACGCAAACAGUGGUGUCUCUUACGCAGGCACGACCUACAAUAUCUCACUCUGGGAGGAAAACAUCAUUUGCACUCGCGACAAUGCGACCAGCACCGCAUCCAUCUCGUCAACCUCUGCACACAGAAAAAACAAACCCGCCGCUUGCUCGGCAAACAACAUCCACUAUUUAGCUUUCAACCCACCAGCAGAUCUCUUGGUCAGCUAUAUUGGUGACGCGGCGGCCAAGGCUGGAGUCAAGGAUGUUUUUGGAAGAAGUGCUAGUAAGGCGAAUGAUGUGGGGGAGAAUUUGAGAGUGCUUGAGAGAGGUGGAUUGGUGUGGGCGUUUAAUUAUGGUGCUGAGACGAUCAAGGCGCCAAAGGUGAAUGGGAGUGUUGUGUUGGGAGGAAGCGGUAGUGGUAAUGGGACUGAGAUUGAGGGGGCUGGUGUCAGAGUGUGGAAGCUGUAA